AUGAGAAGAUUUUCUAUAACAAGUUACAGCAUUUGGAUACUAGUUCUCCUCGUAGCUAUAAUAUUAGAGAUGACAUUCAUUCCCAAAUUAAUGAUAGAAAAAUUCAAAAAACCUCGUUCUGAUAUUGAAAGAACAGCUCUGAGUACUAUUACAAGACCAGUGGAUCGAAAUUUGCAACAUGGAAAGUAUGCGGUAGGUGUUUAUUAUACUAGUUGGUCACCUUAUGAGCCUCGGUUACAUUUCCCACAUGAUAUUGAUUUCAAAAGAGUGACGAAUGUCAAUUAUGCGUUUUUUGUAGUUGAUCCUAAGACUGGAAAAGUGCAGCCAACUGAUUCAUGGUCAGAUCUUGAGAUGCCGUCGCACGCUCCUGGGAUUCCUCAAGGAGUAACAGGUAUGAUUGGAGAGUUGAAUUAUUUGAAAUUACAGCGAAAUACCAAUUUCAGGCUUUUUAUGGCAGUCGGUGGGUGGUCUAAUAGGGAGGCGUUCCCUAAAAUAGUGAGAAGUGAGGAGAAGCUAAAAAAUUUUGUUAAUUCAACAAUUGAUGCAAUGUUUGAGUAUGGAUUUGACGGUAUUGAUUUGGACUGGGAAUUUCCAAAAGAUGAUGGUUACGAGCCUGGUAUGUACUUAGAAAUGUGCAGUAGGUUGCGUUCGAAAAUGGAUAAGUUGGAAGAUGAGAUAUGGGGUGCUAACAACACUGAUUAUCCAAAGUUUGAAUUGAGUGUAGCCACACCAGCAUUCUCCCAGACUUUGAAGAUAUUGCCCAUCAUCGAGAUGAAUAAAUUUGUUAGCAUUUGGAAUAUGAUGACAUAUGACUUUCAUGGGUCCUGGUCGAAAAGGACUGGAUAUCACAGUAACUUAUACGAUGGGAACAAAAAUAACGAUGAACUUAAGAAAAGGCGUUUCGAAGGUAUGGUGAUUGAUGACAACGAAGGACUCAAUGCGGAUGAUGCAAUCAAAAUAAUGGUUGAAAAUUUCAAAGUCCAUGCAAAGAAGGUGCGCUUAGGUAUGCCUGCCUAUGGGCGUGGGUUUACUAACGUCCAAACCAAAGACGAUGAUGAUCUCCUUAAUAAGAAGUAUUCAGGAGUUGGUGGAGGUUCAGAAGGUGAACCAGGUAUAUGGUUAUACAACCAGUUACCAUUGGCAAACACCGCUGAAAAGUUCGAUGAUAGGUGGGUCUCCGCCUACUGCUUUGAUAAAAACCUGAAGACGUUUGUUGGCUACGAUAAUAUCCAGUCAAUGGAAGUGAAAAGUGAUUAUGUGAAGCAGAAGCAUCUUUCAGGUGGCUUUUUUUGGGAAUCAUGUGGUGAUACUCAUAACGAUCCUAAAAGAAACCUUGUACGUGCAUUUUCUCAAGAGUUGAGCGAAAUGAGGAUUCCCACUAUAUUUAAAGACCCAAGGGCUAUAGCGUAUUACUUGAAACAUCGCCAAAAAGGAUUCUUGUAUAGUUUAUUCUCUCAACAUCUUCAGAAAAUAAAUGAGACAUCAGUUGACAAAUCAGCCGGUAACUAUAAAAAUGAAACGUUAUUACCUAAAGAUGCCUCCAAUGAACUAGAUGAAGGAGAGCCUACUCCUGCUGCAACCUAA